AUGAGGUUAGACACUAGUGUUGAUAAAAGAGCAAGGAACAUGGCUAGAUCCAGAGGAUUCAUUCUGGACAUGAAUUUAGUGGACGUCCCUUGUGUAGGAGGAAGAUUCUCGUGGUUUAAUGGUAAAGGAAAUGCUAUGAGCAGGCUGGAUCUCUUCUUAUUGUCACAGAAGCUAAUAGAUGAAUGGGGAGUUAUUAAUCAAAGAAUUGGAUUAAGAGACGUAUCGGACCACUUCCCCAUCACAAUCAACACAAGCAACAUCAACUGGGGACCAAACUCGUUUCGUUUCAAUAAUAUGUGGCUCAGACAUGACAACUUCUCUCCUUUUGUCAAAGAUGAGUGGGAGAAGAUAAGCAUGGCUGGAAGAGGCGACUUUGUCCUAUAUGAAAAACUGAAAAGAUUAAAAUCCAUUUUGAGAGGCUGGAAUUGCGACGGCUUUGGUUGGGUGGAUUUAAGAGUGAAUGAGAAAGUAAAGGAGUUGAAUGAUUUAGAUGGCAACCUAGUGGAGAACCAUGGAGACAACAUUGAUGAGCUGGCUAAAGUUAGAAGCAACAUGAUGGGGGAUUUGUGGAAAACUCUUAAUAUCAAGGAAGGAAUGCUGCGCCCAAAAUCAAGACAAAGGUAG